GGAAAAUAUAAAAAGACACCUCACGAGAUUCGGUGUCUGCCUCAGAGGCACGCAUUGUGAUGUUGGGGCAUUGUCGCGAUGCACUGAAUGCAGCGUGAUUGAUACUGAAAGGACCUUGUAAUGUUCCUUCAGCACUUGCGGAACGAAAGGAAGAACAAGUCUCUGCAUGCACACGCAUCGUACACUAGAAAUUUCACACACAUACCGACUAUAGAGCAAAAAAAUGGAUGGAGUACGAGGGAUUCUACUGGACUCCUCUGUACUAUUGAGGUCCGCUGCUGCUGAUGUCAAUGGAGACAUCGGCCUCAGCCCGGGUGCCGAUUAUCUGCUCCGCAGGCUGCGCUACUCAAAUAUCCCAACUGGAAUAUCUCAUGAGCAGGGUCUUUCAAGUUCGAAGGAAAGUUUUCUUCAGGAGAUGUCUAGAACCUACUCGUGCAGUAUCUUGUGCUUGUCACCAGAGGCUAAUGUUUCAAGUGAGGUUGCUCGAAUUUGGGAGGACAAAGGAGGAAGUUUUGUUCAUGUAGUUUCCAGUUGCAGAGAGGACUUCUAUCACAAAGCAGAUUGUUCUGGCUGGUUGAAGGUUAUAGUUGGAUCUGCUGAAGGAAAACCAUCCAAUGAUGCUGAGUAUGUUUUUGCAACUGGGAUGUCAAGGAUAUUUAUUCACAAACUUGAGGAGCUGCCUUUGUUGAUCUGCCAUUGGAAUAAGAAGGCUAUGGGUAAGGAGGUCUUGACAGUUGGAUAUGCAAUGAAGCCUUCUCGUGAAGAAGAUUUUGCAAAGAGGGGCGCCUUUCCCUUGCGUCCAACACAAAAUGGGCUGAUCUUUUUGCCCCUUAACUAUGAACUUCCCAUAUCAUCUCAGUUGCAACUAGUUGAUGCUGUUCUUCACAAGGCAACAGAUGAGAUUUUGGCUGUUGACAUGGUUAGUUCUUCAGAAUCCAGUGACAGAGUUACUUUUACACGAAAUCUGCAGGAGUUGCAAAGGUAUGUCAAAUGCCAGCUGGAUUGUUGUGUAAUUGACCCAUUUAACAACAUAUUGCCUGUGUUGGAUCGGCUGAAAAUCCAGCAGAUUUUAAUUGGCUUGGCAGAACUCAACAUUCCAGGUGGUUGUAAGAUCAGGGGCCCCCAUUUUCUGAAGGUUGACAGCUUUGAUAAGCUUGGUUUGGAGCAAAGGCUAGCAGAAGCAAAGUUGUCUCUACCAAGUAUAGUGAAACCUCAAGUUGCUUGCGGUGUAUCUGAUGCUCACAGUAUGGCGAUUGUCUUUAAGAUGGAUCAUUACAAGGAUCUCAAUGUUCCUCUUCCAGUAGUCGUGCAGGAAUAUGUUGAUCAUUCAUCUUUGCUUUACAAAUUCUAUGCCUUGGGCAGCAAGAUCUUUUAUGCUGUCAAGAAGUCUAUUCCUAAUGCGGAUACCUUGCUGACUUUAUUUGCAGAAGAGGGACUGAAACCUUUACACUUUGACAGCCUAAAGUCUCUUCCUGUUGCUAAAACUCAACCCAAUGGAGAUGAGCAUCAGAUUGAUUUGGAGCUUGUCAACCGGGCUGCCGAUUGGCUCAGAAGAACGCUUGACCUUACCAUAUUCGGCUUUGAUGUCGUUGUUCAGGAAGGCACCGGCGACCAUGUCAUCGUGGACGUGAAUUACCUGCCGUCAUUCAAGGAAGUUCCUGAUGAUGUUGCCAUACCUUCCUUUUGGAAUGCUCUGAAGGAGAAGAUAGUUUCAGGAAAGAGUAAACAAGCUAGAGAUAUCUCUUAGUUUUCUUAUAUAUUUAUAUUUUUGUGACUGAUUCAGCUUAUGUAAACAAGGAUUAUUUGUUUCUUUUCCCAUCUCUCAGCUGUUGCCUGACAUUAUGACAUGUAUGAUCAUGUAACCUUGUGUAUUUAUCUAACUGAAGGGCAUUAACCUUAUUUUGUUCA